AUUGUUUUAAAAUACAUAUUGAUUAAAGCGGAUCCCCAUUAUGUAAAAUAAAUAUGGUCACUUAUUUGUAUUUUUUAUUUUUAAAAUGGAUAAUAAUGACAGUUUUAGACAAACACUGGCAACUGAUGGUCCUCAGAGGACAGUUACACAGUUACUACCGAUAGAACCUGAGGUGGUUGAUUUUUUAGUCAGGCUACAUGACAAUUUGUACCGGAAAAACGCAGAAGCACUCAAAAAUUUAUACGAACAAGAACUGAAUGUGAUAACUGAUAAAUAUUUCAAGUCCUCAAGGUGGCCUUCCAUAUCAGAUGUGGCAGGAUUCUAUAGCCAAUCGGGAAGAUUCCACAACUUGAUAAUGGCCUUAUAUGCAGAAAUAUACUAUCGUCACGCCUUUUAUCUAGGAGAAGCCAGUUACGAGGAUAGAGUGGAUUCCUGGAACAAAUAUGUGAGGCUUUUGACAUACUUUAUAGAAGAAUGUAAUAAGCCCGAAGGAAGCGAGGGAUUGAGUGGACUGACAAUCCCAUCAUCAUGGGUUUGGGAUAUGUUGGAUGAGUUUGUAUAUCAGCUCCAGGAAAGCUGUCACUGGAAAAUCAGAUUUUGUUCAUCUACUGGUAGCAUUGGAUAUGAUACUACGGAUACAAAGUCUGAAAUUGAGCAGAGGAUCAAAGAAACUGUGGGUAUCUGGUGUGUUCCAGUAGCUCUCGAGCUCUUACACGAGUUGGCAAACAAUCCAAUGUUCAAAUCUGCCUGUCAGUCUUCAAAGGAUGUGCAUUUGGAUACAACAAGUCUGAACUACCAACUCGGAUAUUUCGCAUCAAUUUGCUUAUUGAGACUUCAUGUGUUACUUGGAGACUAUUAUACUUCACUGACAAUGGCCUCAAACGUGGAUUUAUCCCCCAGAAGUUUGUAUUGGAAGAUUCCAGCCUGCAAUGUCACACUCAUCUACUACCUGGGGUUCGCGUUCAUGAUGCUAAGGAGGUACAACGAUGCUAUUCGAAUCCUCUCACAGUUACUGAUAUUCCUGACGAAACAAAGAAGUUAUCUCGUCUCACAAAGCUACCAACAAAGUGCCAUGAGUAAGCAAACUGAGAAGAUGUACCUCAUCAUCAUACUAUGCCAUGUUACAACCAGGAUAAAACUUGAUGAAACAGUAAUUCAAACAAUCAAGGAGCAGUAUUCCAACAAAUUCUACCAGUUACAAGUGGACAAUGAGGAUUCAUUUCGCGAUGUGUUCCACAAGGCAUGUCCGAAGUUUAUUGACCCAGCAGGUCCAAGUCUUAAACUAACUGAGUCACCCACCGUAAACGAGCCACUUCAGAGACAGGUUCAGAUAUUCCUCGAGGAGAUUAAUAAGCAGAGGAAAGUGAACGAGAUUUAUUCCUACGCAAAACUGUACCAUAAUAUUAGUUUAAAGAAACUGGGUGUUCUCAUGAACGCUGGUGAUGACCCGGAGGUACUCCGCUCCCAGAUUCUGUGUGCAAAGCACCAUGUGAGACAGUUCGUCUCAAACUCAUUCUCACUCUAUCACACGAACCUUCUUCAGACCUUCGGGGACAGAGAUGACCUGUACAUUGACCAGAAUGUUCUUCACAUUAAGAGUAAAAAGAACCAAAAGAUAUACGCGGAAUACUUUCUCCAGCAAAUUAACAAAUGUAAACAAACACUCAAUAACCUUCAGUCUAAAAGGGACGACCAACAGAAUAAGAAGGAGAAGGUUAAUGUAGUAUCACAAUAAUAAUGUAUUUUUCACA